UGUGGGUAUCAUGUCACAUUUUGAGUUUGAUUGUUGGAGUCAAGAUGAGGCUGCUGCUUGUGUUUGUUCUGGGUCUGCUGGGUUCUGGUCUGGCUGGAGCUCGGAUUGUGUCCAAAUGUGCUCUGAGGGACCGGCUGGUGCAGGCGAUGACCAACCUGCCGGAAAAGGCCAAGAACUCUGGACUGGUGGGGCAGAACCUGGUGGCCAAGAUUGUCUGCUACACGGAGAUGGCCUCAGACUUUAAUACCAGUCUGGUGACUGAGCUGACCCGUGGACAGGGCAGUGGGGAGAGUGGGGAGAGCGGGGAGAGUGGAGAGAGUGGAGGAAAACAAAGUCGGGAGAAGAGGGACACGUCCUAUGCCGGCAUCUUCACCCUGGCGGAGGUGGACAGCCCUUUCAGCACUGUCCGGCCCCGUACCCGAGGGAAUCAGCCCGGGACGCGGCCUCCACCUCGAACCCUCCCUGUGCAUCACCUCAGUCCCGUCCACAGUGACGAGGAGGAGCACAGCACAGCAAAGCCCCUCCCUCGAGAACGGCGCCACGCGAGGCCCUCCCGCCUCCCCCACAGCGGGGAGGACGACGAACCCUGCACCCUUUAUGGCCUCUUCCAGUUCUGUGGAAAAGUGGUCUGCAGCGACGCCAACGACACGACGCCAUCGUCAAACAUCUGCGGGAUGGAUUGUGCCAACUUGACUGAUGACGACAUAUCGGACGACAUCGGCUGCGUGUUGAAGAUCCUCACCAGCCUCGUUGACAAUGGCUUCUCAGACCCCAACUGGAAGGAGCUAAGAAAAGAGAUCAGACUCAUCUUCCAGGCACGUUGCAGAGAUGUACAAGCCUCCGAAUACUUUGCUGAAUGCUGAAUAUAAAAAUAAUCCAUUCUGCGCCACAUCUAUCGCUUCCACAAUUAAUCUCCCGUCAAAUGAGUUGCCAAUGACUUAGGAUAAUAAUAAAAACCAAGCAUGUUUUA